AUGUUGGAGAAAAACGACGAUGCGAGUCGAGCCGAGAUCCCGCCAAUGAUGUUGCACGAAGAGCGAAGCGCUCAAGUUUAUACACCGCAAUGUCGGCAGCGAUGGGGUAAACAAUCUGUUGAGGGUGCGAUAUCACUUCCAAACGCAGAAGACAUUGAGGAAUUUCUUACAGAAUUUGCGUGGCUCAAGGAGUCGGAAAUAGCACUGCAGUGUUUGUUUGACAGUGGGUUCGAUUUGCCCAAGGCUGUGCAACUGCUACACGCUGCCCGUAAGAAGCGGCACAAAGCCCAGCGCGAUUGGAACGAGCAUGUAAAACCUGAAGCCUUUAUAAAUGCAAUUGAGACUCACGGCAAGAAGUUUUACCUCGUGAAGCGAGCACUAGGGCAAGGUGUGACUACUCGUGAGGUCGUGAGUAAGUAUUACUUGUGGAAGCGGACGACGGAGUGUAAAAAGUGGCUACGGCGUCUGACUAAUAAGAAACAUAAGAAAAAGAAGGAGAUUGAGCUACUACGUUUGGGCAAUGAGUCGGAUGUAGGCCCGGAAGCAGAGACCUUCGGAAGCAUUCACAGUAAUCGAUGCGAACUUUGCGCCACUGGCGGUCGAUUGCUUUGUUGCGACGGUUGCACGCGUGCGUACCACUUUAGUUGUGUCCAAGCCCCGAUCCCUGAGCUUCCCCGAGGAGACGAUGACUGGUUUUGUCCAUUCUGUCAAAAGGUCUUUGGUAGCGCAAAGCCCAAGAUGAUUCCAAGCCAGGAUAAUAAGUACUGCAAGAUGUGUUUGCCCUUUGCGGGUGUGCCACGCACACUAAUGCAAUUUGUGACAACUAGCAGUAACCAAGAGAAAGGCGAUAGAGCAAAAAGAACAUUGGAACGCGACGAUUUGAAUUUGAACAACGAGAUUAGCAAUCAUGACGCUGCUUCAUCGGCCCUUUCCAGUACAGAAAAAGUGGUUCUGAACAUCGUUUUCCGUGGAAGCCUCACAAACGCUGAAUUGGAUACCACACGUGCCAACGCUUUGUCGUGUUGUUUACAUAACGACAGAAUCACGAAUGGUAAACAAGAACACAAACCGGCAGGAUUGUCCAUCCCAAAUCAACCGAGUGGACCUACUAUCCCGUCACAUUGUGGAUCAUCGCAAGCGACGUCGAACAUCGCACCGGAGCAUUUUGUUGAGACAAAUUCAGCAGAAAUGGGGAAGGCUUUUGUACACGUGGAAAGGACAGUCUCUGGCCGAAAGCGUCACCGUAAAACAAUGGCACCUCGUCGUAUCCCACCAUCCCAAGUCGACAAUUCAAGUUGA